UUUUAAAUUAAAAGAACAAUAAUAGGAUUAAAUUACGGAAAAAUUAAGGGUUAAUUAUGGGUGAAUCUGAUUUUGAUUGAACUUACGCGUUGCAUUGAAUCGUGUAGAAAGUGAAAAGUAAUCAUAUUUAGUAUAUAAAUUAUAAAUUUAUGUUUUGUAUGUAUUUGUUAUAUUAAAAAACAGAGUAGAUUUCAUGAGUUCACAUAAAUGGAUGAGAUUUGAAGGAACAAACCCAUGAUUCUGGAUGGUGAUUAUGAAUAUAAUAAGGCAUUUUAAGUUCCCAGAAAAUGAGAAAGGAAGUUAAUAAAGCGUUGGGAGGUUGCUAUUUUUAUGAGUAAUGAGGGUUAAGGAGGGAGAUUAUGAAUUGGAGAGCGUUUGUUGUUGCGGGAAGGAAUGGAAAAUGCGGAUCCAAAGAAGCAAAAAGGGUUAAAAGUUAUUUAGAGAAAGCGAUUGGAGGAGGGAAACAAGGAGGCGUCUGGUUGAAGUGGCCACAAUCAAAAAUAGUAAUGCUUACUCUCUUCUCCUGCUCCCAACUCCCUCACCCACAUUUCUCUAUUUCUUCCACGAUCAUAUCAACAUAAAACACACCAUUUUUGUUCUUCCCUUCUCCAAUCCUUCUUAGCUUUUUUGGGGUUUCUUUUGUAGUCCCAACAAUUCAAAGCAAUGACUCUGGUUGUUCUUCGUUCCUCUGCCCUUUUUGCUUCAUCCCAUACAAGGGUUUCUGCUUCUUCUUCUUCUUCUUCUUCCGAUCCUCCAAGCGAUGGCGAUGGAUCUCCCCUUGUUGACAUGCAUCCUCCAAUACCCACUUCGUGUUCUUCUUCCUCUUCUUCUUCUGUGGAUGGCAAUGGGGAAGGGGAGGUGGUAGGGAAGGAGCGGUUAAAGCAAAGGAGAGAUCAGCUCUCGUUGUUGGCUUUAGUUGUGACCCUUUUCAGGAAAUCUUUUAUUGUUUGCAAGAGUGAUAGAAGAGAGGUUUGUGCGAUGGAGAUCGGUUGGCCGACUGAUGUGCGACAUGUCACGCAUGUCACUUUUGAUAGAUUUAAUGGAUUCUUGGGUUUGCCUGUUGAGUUUGAACCUGAAGUGCCUCGCAGGGCUCCCAGUGCUAGUUCAACUGUGUUCGGGGUUUCAACGGAAUCCAUGCAACUCUCGUACGACUCGAGAGGGAAUAGCGUUCCCACAAUUCUUAUACAAAUGCAGCACUGUCUGUAUGCUCAAGGUGGCUUGCAGGCUGAAGGUAUUUUCAGAAUCACUGCAGAGAACAGUCAAGAGGAGUAUGUACGUGAGCAUUUAAACCAAGGAGUAGUACCAGACAACAUCGAUUUACAUUGUUUAGCUGGCCUUAUCAAGGCGUGGUUCAGAGAACUCCCAGCUGGGAUUUUGGAUUCUUUGUCGUCGGAGCAGGUCAUGGAGUGUCAGACAGAAGAAGAAUGUGCUGAUCUAAUAAGGCAUCUACCUCCUAGUGAAGCUUCUUUGCUAGAUUGGGCUAUCAACCUAAUGGCAGAUGUUGUCCAGCAGGAACAUUUCAACAAGAUGAAUGCUCGCAACAUAGCUAUGGUCUUUGCUCCAAAUAUGACUCAGAUGGCUGACCCUUUGACUGCAUUGAUGUAUGCUGUUCAAGUAAUGAACUUUCUCAGGAUGCUUAUCUUAAGGACACUGCGAGGAAGGGAAGACUCCGUUCUCGACUCGACUGCUACGCAUUUAGAGCCACCUGAUGAGAGUGGCCACCAGAGUCCUUCACAGCCCUGCCUCAGAAAUACUGCCACCAUGGUUCAGGUGGCAGAGCAGGCCGAGCAGGCCGAGCCUGAGUUUGUUGCAGAACUGCCUGUUCUUGAUGAAGAAGAUGCACAUUUUUCUGAUGGAGAUGCUUUUUCUUUAAGCCUUGUCAAAAAACUGCUACCUAAUGAGUAUGGAGCUUUACUGAAUGCCUACAAAGACAAAGAAGCUGUUGCAGGCAAUGACUUGAAGGCAGAAGUUGUAAUCCUAACUGAAAAGAACAGGACUUGUCUAUCCAAUGUUUCAAAUCUGAAAGACCAGACUAACAAACUAACUAACCAGAACUCUGUAUUUCGAGUCUUCGCACCGGUACCGGUACAGAAGCGGCUCAGCAAACUGAGCUGUAUAAAUUCAUCGAGAGAGCGAAUUGAAGCAUGGCGAUAAUACGCAAACAGUGAACACAAUUUGCUGUGGUAUAGAUGUUUUUAUAUGUUUUUUUAAUAUGCUGACCCGACCCACGAGUUUGCUAAUUUCUACGCUUUGCUAUGGAUGGCGUUAGCAUAACAUAAUAUCAUACAUACUGUGUAGUUUUCGUGUAUUCUUUUUCUGACUAACGUUGGCACAAGAAUUGCCUCUGUUAUG